UUCAUAAUUGCACAGCUGCUGGCUUGUUGUGGGGCCUUAGUACUCUGUUCAUGUUGAGGCCUUUCUUCUCAUCAGUUCAGCAAUUCAUCUAAAUUGAUCAGUGUAAAGGCGUUUCAUGAAAUCAAAUUGGUAUUGUUGAGAAGACUGCAACAAAUUUUGUCACUAAGUCACUGUUGUGUCAAAUGUAGGAGAGGAGCAUCAAGAGCAAUAAGUGACCUUUUGUCAGGACCAAUGCAGAAAAAGAAAUUGGGACAUAAUAGAAGAUUUGGGACUUGCUUCCCUCAAAUUUAGAUAGUAUUGGGCUCUUUAAGAAUGGAUGUUGCUGCAUUGCUAAUCCUGUGAAGAACAGAGUUUACAAGACUGAAAAUUGCUCAACUGUUCAGGAAGGCACUAAAGUAUUUUCACCACCAAGUCUAGCUGACGUUUGCUGCUGAUUUCUCUUGAAGAAUUACCUGGCACUGGACAUCUUGCCAUGGAGUUAGAUUUCAACGUAGAGGACCUGAUUGAUUUGAGUUUCCUAAAUGAUGAGGAGUUAGACAUGAUUGUACAUGUCCUUUCUCGAGACGCUGAGCUCCGUUUAUUGGAGGACCAACGGAUCAAGAAGUUGCAACAAUCUGUUCUUAAUCCUGAACAGUUAAAAAUUGCAACAGGUGAUUGGUUUAAGGAAGUCAGAGCAAAGCGACACACAGACAAAAAGUUUGGAUCAGAUAUUGUACGUGCUUCUAUUCGUAAGAAGAAAAGAACAAAAGGUGAAAGACAGAAAAAAGUGACAAUUAAUGAAGAGAAGACCAUCAUUAACGAGCAAGAAGAUCAAGAGGUAGAACAGCUAGAGAAUGUUAGUUCUGAGCAAGAGAUUACAAGAAUGGUCGUAAUAGACUGUGAACAGGCAGACAUUCUUGAAAGAUUUGCUGACAACGAAAGCAAUGUGACUUCAGAACAGGAAACAGUAACACUAUCUGCUGACAACCAGACCCCGAAAAAUAACCACGUGAUCUCUGAAAAAGCAGAUGAUGUGUUGCGGACUGAGGAAGACAGCAUAUUGGUCCCGACUAUUUCAGUACAGAGUACUGAUGAGAUCGAUUGUGAUACUUGUUCCCUGCACAACAAUGAUUGCAGUGUACCAACAAAAGAUGAGGAUGUUAACAGCGGGCUGUCACAUCUCAAAUCCCCGAGUCUCAGCAGCAGUAUGAUGAGUUUGUACAGCAGUGCUGAUUUUGGAAGUGUUGAUGUGAGAGGUAGUAUCACUUUUUCCCUGCAUUAUGAUGAGAAAAUUCAUGAGUUCCACAUUCUCGUUUUGCAAUGUGAUGAUCUUGCUGGAGUCAAGAAAAAUCGUUCUGACCCCUAUGUGAAGAGCUAUCUUCUCCCAGAUAAAUCAUCCCGAAGCAAACGUAAAACCUCAGUGAAGAAAAAAACAUUGAAUCCUACAUUCAAUGAGAAAUUAGAGUACAAAAUGGAAAAAGUUGAACUGCAGAGUCGAACUCUGAACCUGUCCGUGUGGCACAGUGAUCACUUUGGCCGCAAUCUCUUCCUGGGAGAGGUGGAGAUCCAAUUGGAAUCAUGGGAUUGGAGCAAUAUCAAACCGACAUCCUACAUCCUGCAGCCACGUAUUGCAGCUCCAACAAAUAUGAUCCACAGCAGAGGUCAACUGUCCUUAUCAUUGAAAUUCCUUCCAGCGGGUGCACACGGUCAGGGAAUGCCGCCCACGGCAGAGUUGCACAUCUGGCUCAAGGAAGCUCGGAAUCUUCUCCCAAUCCAAUCGAAGGGCAUCAACUCUUUUGUCAAAUGUUAUAUUCUCCCAGAUGUCAGCAAGUCCAGCAGACAAAAGACCAGAGUGAUAAAGAACAAUUUGAAUCCUGUUUAUAACCACACAAUGGUAUAUGAUGGCUUUCAAACAGAAGACAUGAAGGAGACCUGUGCCGAGAUCACUGUCUGGGACCAUGAUACAUUUUCCAACCAGCUCCUGGGAGGAUUGAGACUAAGUCUAGGAACAGGUCUCAGCUAUGGCCAACCUGUCGACUGGAUGGAUGCAAAUGAGGAAGAGAUUUCUGCAUGGCAAAGAAUGCUUUCUGCACCUGGGCAAUGGAUGGAGUCCAUAUUACCACUCAGACCGAACAUGAAUUCUAUGGCAUUGUCACAUUCUGAAAAAUGAUUUGUCUGUGUGAACUCACCUGUCCUUUGACGAUACUCUGCAUAGGUCACAGGGUCUAAGGUACAGAAUCAAAUUUAUUUAGACAAAUUUAGGAAGUGGAUUGAAGAGAAAUUUUUGAGCAUUGGAAUUUUGAGCUUAAGAGUUUGACCCAGACUAUUGGGUCUGUGACAAGGUUAAAUUCAAAAUGGUAGCAAUGUUAACUGUAUCCAUCAGAUAACCUGUUGGUACCUCUAUAUUAUUGGAUUUUUCUGAAGGGGCUUGGAUUAGUCAGAGCACAAUGGUAGAGCUGAGAUUAGAGAACAGGGCCCUGCAGGCUUUGCCAAUCUUGCUUCCAUCAAACAUGUAAUAAACAUAUAACAUAGAAAAUAGGUGUAGAAGUAUGCCUUCAGCCCAUCAAGACUGUUUUGCUAUUCAAUAUGAUUAUGUCUGAUCCUCUAUCUCAACAUCUUUCUCUUGCUUUCUCCCCAUACCACUUUGUGCCUAGAAAUCUAACACUUUCUUUGAUAUAUUCAGUGAUUUGGCCUCAAUAGCCUCAUAGAGAAUUCCAAAGGGCAUCUGAGUGGAGAAAUUUCUCUUCAAGUCAGUCCUAAAUGAUCUACUCUGUAUCCUGAUACAUUGAUACCCUUGAUCUGUACUUCCAUCGACGGGGAAAACAUCAUCUCUGCAUCCAGUAUGUCAGGACAUGUUAGGACUUUUACAUUUCAGGGAGAUCCCCUCUCAUUCUUUUAAGUUGAGUAAAUGUAACAAAGACCUGUACAGCAUAGGAACUGAUCUUUUGGGCCACCAAGACUGCAUCAACAAAAUGUGUUUCCAAAUUGAAAACCUUUUAUCUCUUAUGAUCUCUGUGUAUCCCUCUAUUCCCUGCUAUUCAUAAAUCUGUCCAGGUGCCUCUUAAAUAAUGCAAAUGUGUGGCCUCUGCCAUCUCCUCUGGCACUGCAUUUCCAGCAACUCUGU